AUGAGUCUUGCAGCAUCCGGCAUGAGUCUUGCAGCUUCCGGCAUGAGUCUUGCAGCUUCCGGCAUGAGUCUUGCAGCUUCCGGCAUGAGUCUUGCAGCUUCCGGCAUGAGUCUUGCAGCUUCCGGCAUGAGUCUUGCAGCUUCCGGCAUGAGUCUUGCAGCUUCCGGCAUGAGUCUUGGAGCUUCCGGCAUGAGUCUUGGAGCUUCCGGCAUGAGUCUUGCAGCUUCCGGCAUAAGUCUUGCAGCUUCCGGCAUAAGUCUUGCAGUUUCCGGCAUAAGUCUUGGAGCUUCCGGCAUGAGUAUUGGAUUUUCCGGCGUGCUUCUUGGAGCUUCUGGCAUAAGUCUUAAAUCUUUCGUCCUGAAACUUGGUCCCUCCGAUGCGAGAAUUGGAUUUUCCCUCUUGAGCUUUGAAUUUUGA